AUGGUAUUCGAGUCGGUGGUCGUGGACGUGUUGAACCGGUUCUUGGGAGACUAUGUGGCGGACCUGGACACGUCCCAGCUCUCUCUGGGCAUCUGGAAAGGAGCUGUGGCCCUCAAGAAUCUUCAAAUUAAAGAAAAUGCCCUGGUAGGUUUUGUCUGUAAUCUUAACCUUGUAAUUCCAUGGAAAAACCUUUAUACCCAACCAGUUGAAGCUGUAUUGGAAGAAAUUUAUUUGCUCAUAGUGCCUUCUUCUAGAAUAAAAUAUGAUCCUUUAAAAGAAGAAAAACAACUCAUGGAAGCAAAGCAACAGGAACUAAAAAGAAUAGAAGAAGCAAAGCAAAAAGUAGUUGAUCAAGAACAAGAUCGGCAAGAGAAACAGGACACUUUUGCAGAAAAAUUAGUUACUCAGAUCAUAAAAAAUCUUCAAGUGAAAAUUUCCAGCAUUCAUAUUCGUUAUGAAGAUGAUAUCACUAAUCGAGACAAACCGCUGUCAUUUGGUAUUUCCCUUCAAAAUCUCAGCAUUCAGACAACUGAUCAGUACUGGGUUCCAUGUUUACAUGAUGAAACUGAGAAACUAGUUCGUAAGUUAAUCCGAUUGGAUAACCUUUUUGCCUAUUGGAAUGUGAAGUCUCAGAUGUUUUAUCUUAAUGAUUAUGAUGAAUCAUUGAAUGACUUGAGGAAUGGCAUUGUCAAAGAACAUAUAGUUCCAGAAGGUUAUGAUUUUGUAUUUCGCCCCAUAUCUGCUAAGGCCAAACUACAGAUGAAUCGCCGAUCAGAUUUUGAUUUUUCUACCCCCAAAAUAAACUUGGAAGUUGAAUUACAUAACAUAGCAAUUGAAUUUAAUAAACCACAGUAUUUUAGUGUUAUGGAGCUUCUUGAGUCAAUUGAUAUGAUGACACAAAAUUUGCCAUACAGGAAAUUCAAACCUGAUGUACCUCUUCAGUACCAUGCCAGGGAAUGGUGGGCUUAUGCUAUACAUGGUAUUCUUGAAGUAAAUGUUUGCCCCACCUUACGGAUGUGGUCAUGGAAGCAUAUUCAUGAACAUAGGCAAAAAGUGAAGAAAUAUAAAGAACUGUAUAAAAAAAAAUUAACAAGUAAGAAGCCAUCUGGUGACAUUCUCAUGUCUUUGGAGGAGUUGGAAAAAACACUGGAUGUCUUUAAUAUAACUAUAGCUAGACAGCAGGCAGAAGUUGAGGUAAAGAAAGCUGGACUCAGGAUUUAUAAAGAAGGGGUAAAAGAUCCAGAGGAUAAUAAAGGAUGGUUUGGUUGGCUGUGGUCUUGGUCAGAAAAAAAUACUAAGGAACAACCAGAUGUUAAACUUGGAACUCUUGAAGAAAUGUUGACACCUGAAGAAAAAGCUUUACUCUAUGAAGCAAUUGGCUAUAGUGAAACAGCAGUUGAUCCAACCUUGCCCAAAACAUUUGAAGCCAUGAAGUUUUUUGUUCACUUGAAAAGUAUGUCUAUUGUUCUAAGAGAAGAGCAUGAAAAACCUGAGCUGUUAGAUAUUGUAAUAGAAGAAUUUAGCACUUUGAUGGUACAAAGACCAGGAGCACAAGCAAUAAAAUUUGAAACCAAAAUAGAUUCAUUUCAUAUUACUGGCUUACCAGAUAAUUCAAAAAAACCCCAUCUCCUUUCUUCAUUGGAUGAUGCUAUUUCACUCUUCCAAAUUACAUUUGAGAUAAAUCCAUUAGAUGAAACUGCCGAUCAAAGGUGUAUCAUAGAAGCUGAACCUUUAGAAAUGAUAUAUGAUGCAAGGACAGUGAAUAGUAUAAUAGAAUUCUUCAGACCUCCAAAAGAUGUACAUCUAGCACAACUCACUUCAGUGACUUUGACAAAACUUGAGGAAUUUCGUGAUAAGACAGCCACAGCAGAAACUAAUUUGGUGGCAAGUAAAAGUCGUUCAGAAUUACCGGAUGUGAAACAAGGUGGAGCUAAUCUUGAAGAAAUAAUGCAUAGAGCUUAUGAUUCCUUUGAUAUUCAGCUUACAAGUAUACAGCUGCUUUACAGCAGAGUUGGUGAUAAUUGGAAAGAAGCACGGAAACUCAAUGUAUCUACACAACAUAUUUUGGUACCCAUGCACUUCAAUGUGGAACUCUCUAAGGCUAUGGUUUUCAUGGACUUAAGGAUGCCCAAAUUCAAGAUUUUUGGAAAGUUACCUCUUAUUUCUUUACGGAUCUCGGAUAAAAAACUACAAGGCAUUAUGGAAUUGGUUGAAAGCAUUCCAAAACCUGAACCUGUAACUGAAGUAUCUGCCCCUGUCAAACCAUUGCAGAUUCAAACAUCUACUUCUUUGGGAACAUCACAGAUUUCACAGAAAAUAAUUCCUCUCUUGGAACUUCCUUCUGUUUCUGAAGAUGAGUCAGAGGAGGAAUUUUUUGAUGCACCAUGUAGUCCCUUGGAUGAGCCUCUUCAAUUUCCAACUAAAGUUAAAAGUAGUCGACACAGAAAGUUACAAAAGCAGGAUUGUUCAGUAAAUUUGACUACAUUCAAAAUACGAUUUGAAGUACCAGAGGUUUUGAUUCAAUUUUAUCACCUUGUUGGAGACUGUGAACUGCCUGUGGUAGAAAUUGAUGUUUUAGGAUUGGGUACAGAAAUUGAGAUUAGAACAUAUGAUUUGAAAGCAUAUGCCUUUUUGAAAGAGUUCUGCUUAAAAUGCCCAGAGUACUUGGAUGAAAACAAGAAACCCGUUUAUUUGGUCACAACACUGGAUAACACAAUGGAAGAUCUGUUAACACUGGAAUAUGUGAAGGUAAAGAACAGAGAAACAGAUAUUUAUUGACCUAUUACUAAAAUCAUCUUUGUUCUUUAGGUGAAUUUUUCCUCUUUGGAUAUUCAUUUACACACUGAAGCACUUCUGAAUACAAUAAAUUACCUUAAUAAUAUCCUUCCACAAUCAGAGGAAAAAUCAGCCUCAGUGAAUAUUAUAGAGACUGAAGACAAAGGAGAUGUCAUUAAAAAACUAGCUUUUAAAUUAUCCACAAAUGAAGAUAUUAUUACCUUGCAGAUUUUAGCAGAAUUAUCGUGUUUACAGAUCUUUAUUCAAGAUCAGAAACGUAAAAUUUCUGAAAUUAAGAUUGAAGGACUUGAUUCUGAAAUAAUUAUGAAACCUUCAGUAACUGAAAUAAAUGCAAAGCUAAGGAAUAUAAUUGUUUUGGAUUCUGAUAAAACAGCUGUAUACAAAAAGGCUGUUUAUAUCACUGGAAAAGAAGUUUUCAGCUUUAAAAUGGUUUCUUACGUGGAUGCAACUGCUAAUUCUGCAUACACAGAUGUGAAUGUAGUUGACAUUCAGGUUAAUUUAACAGUUGGUUGCAUUGAAGUAGUUUUUGUCACAAAAUUUCUAUAUUCUAUAUUGGCUUUUAUAGAUAAUUUUCAAGCAGCUAAACAAGCCUUUGCUGAGGCAACUGUUCAGGCGGCUGGAAUGGCUGCUAGUGGUGUAAAAGAACUGGCACAAAGGAGUUCCAGAAUGGCAUUGGAUGUUAAUAUCAAAGCCCCAGUUGUGGUCAUCCCACAGUCUCCAGUUUCUGAAAAUGUUUUUGUUGUUGAUUUUGGACUAAUUACAAUGACAAAUACAUUCCAUAUAGUAACAGAGAGCCAAAGCAAUCCCCCACCUAUUAUUGAUUUGAUAACAAUAAAGCUGAGUGAAAUGCGACUAUACAGAUCUGUAUUUAUUAAUGAUACAUACCAGGAAGUACUGGAUCUAUUACUGCCAUUAAAUCUUGAAGUCAUUGUUGAGCGAAAUUUAUGCUGGGAGUGGUAUCAGGAAAUUCCUUGUUUUAAUGUAAACGCUCAGCUAAAACCGAUGGAGUUCAUUCUCAGUCAAGAAGAUAUAACAACUAUCUUUAAAACAUUAUAUGGCAAUAUAUGGUAUGAAGAAGGUGGUAGUGCCUCACCUGCUGUCAUAAAAGACCAAAGUACUGUUACUAGUGGAGUUACUAAUGCUUCACACCAUUCAGGAGGGGCCACUGUGGUGACAGCUGCUGUGGUAGAAGUACAUUCACGUGCCUCACAAGUUAAAACAACACUAAAUAUGAGUUUCAGAACUGAGUAUCUCACCAUGGUACUGUAUAGUCCAGGUCCUGAACAGGCUUCGUUUACAGAUGUUCGUGAUCCUUCUCUGAAACUUGCUGAAUUUAAAUUGGAAAAUAUUAUAAGUACUGCAAAAAUGUAUACAGAUGACUCAACAUUUUCUUCCUUCUCAUUAAAAAACUGUAUUUUAGAUGAUAAAAGGCCUCAUGUCAAGAAAGCAACUCCUAGAAUGAUAGGAUUGACAGUUGGGUUUGAUAAAAAAGACAUGAUGGAUGUAAAGUACAGGAGAGUCAGAGAUGGUUGUGUGACUGAUGCAGUCUUUCAGGAAAUGUAUAUUUGUGCAAGUGUGGAAUUUCUGCUGACGGUUGCAAAUGUCUUUUUGGAGGCCUACACGGCAGGCACUGCUGUAGAAACCAGUGUUCAAACAUGGACCUCUAAGGAAGAAGUACCUAUACAGGAAUCAGAUAAGUGGGAAAUGAAUAUUAUUAUUAAAAAUCCUGAAAUUGUGUUUGUGGCUGACAUGACAAGAAAUGAUACUCCUGCCUUAGUCAUUACAACACAGUGUGAAAUUUGCUAUAAAGGUGACCUUGAAAACAGUACAAUGACUGCUGCCAUUAAAGAUCUCCAAGUGAGAGCAUGCCCAUUUCUUCCAGUCAAGAGAAAAGGCAAAAUCACUACUGUGAGUUAACUGUUUAAUUAUCUGCUUGAUUGUAAACUAUUUUGGAUUUAAUACCAGAUGACAACUAGAGGUUCUUCCCACAUGGUAUGUAUAGAUUUUUUAUUAGUUUAAUUUUUUUCCUCUAAGGUUUCACCAGUUAUUAUAAAUACCAUGAUUACCAUAACUUCAGCGCUUUAUACAACUAAGGAAACCAUCCCAAAAGAAACUGCUUCUUCUACAGAACAUUUAUGGGAAAAGAAGGACACAAAGAAUCUAAAAAUGUGGUUCCUUGAAGAAUCAAAUGAAACUGAAAACAUGGCUCCUGCAACUGAAUUGGUACCCAAAGGAGAGAUGAUAAAAAUGAACAUUGAUUCUAUUUUUAUAGUUCUUGAGGCUGGAAUUGGUCAUAGAACAGUGCCUAUGCUUUUGGCAAAGUCACGUUUUUCAGGGGAAGGCAAAAACUGGAGUUCCUUAAUAAAUCUCCACUGUCAGCUUGAGCUAGAAGUGCAUUAUUAUAACGAAAUGUUUGGUGUAUGGGAGCCUUUGCUUGAACCCCUAGAAAUUGAUCAGACUGAGGAUUUUAGACCAUGGAAUCUUGGAAUCAAGGUGAAAAAGAAAGCAAAAAAGGCCAUUGUUGAGUCAGACACUGAAGAAGAAAACUACAAAGUGCCAGAAUAUAAAACUCUCAUCAGUUUCUAUUCAAAAGACCAAUUAAACAUUACAUUAUCCAAAUGUGGUCUUGUAAUGUUAAAUAAUUUAGCCAAGGCAUUUACAGAAGCUGCCACUGGAUCUUCACCUGUCUUCAUAAGGGAUCUAGCACCGUUUAUGAUUUUAAAUUCUCUUGGACUUACUAUUUCUAUUUCACCAAGUGAUUCUUUUAGUGUACUCAGCGUUCCUAUGGCAAAAUCAUAUGUAUUGAAAAAUGAUGAGAGUUUAAGUAUGGAUUAUGUACGAACUAAAGACAAUGAUCACUUCAGUGCAAUGACUAGCCUAAGCAGCAAACUCUUCUUCAUUCUUCUCACACCUGUUAAUCACUCUACUGCUGAUAAGAUUCCUUUAACAAAAGUGGGACGACGUCUGUACACUGUAAGGCACAGAGAAUCUGGAGUUGAAAGAUCUAUUGUUUGUCAAAUUGAUACAGUGGAAGGAAGUAAGAAGGUAACAAUUCGCUCCCCAGUACAGAUUAGAAAUCAUUUUUCAGUCCCACUCUCUGUUUAUGAAGGGAAUACCUUGUUGGGAACUGCUUCACCUGAAAAUGAAUUCAACAUACCAUUACCAUCUUACCGAUCAUUCCUUUUUCUGAAGCCAGAAGACAGGGACUAUCAAAUGAGUGAAGGAAUUGACUUUGAAGAAAUUAUAAAAAAUGACGGAGCUCUUCUAAAGAAGAAAUGUCGAUCUGUAAACCCUUCUAAGAAAUCAUUUCUCAUUAAUAUUGUCCCAGAAAAAGAUAAUUUAACAUCUCUGUCAGUGUAUUCAGAAGAUGGUUGGGACUUACCAUACAUAAUACAUUUAUGGCCACCUAUCCUACUCAGAAAUCUUCUUCCUUACAAAAUUGCUUAUUAUACAGAGGGAAUUGACAAUUCCGUUUUUACUCUAAAUGAAGGACAUUCAGCCCAGAUUUGUACUGUACAGUUGGAUAAAGCCAGGCUACAUUUAAAAUUACUUGACUAUCUUAACCACGAUUGGAAAAGUGAAUAUUAUAUAAAACCUAAUCAACAAGACAUUAGUUUCAUCAAUUUUACCUGUGUUACAGAAAUAGAAAAGACUGAUUUAGAUAUCGCUAUCCAUGUGACUUACAAUACUGGUCAGACAGUUGUGGCGUUUCAUAGUCCCUAUUGGAUGGUCAAUAAAACUGGUCGAAUGUUACAAUACAAAGCAGAUGGAAUCCAUCGAAAGCAUCCACCUGAUUAUGAAAAGCCGGUUCUAUUUUCUUUUCAGCCAAAUCACUUUUUUAAUAACAAUAAGGUACAGCUUAUGGUAACUGAUAGUGAGUUGUCAGAUCAAUUUUCAAUUGAUACUUGUAUCCCCUUUUGGCCUAAGGAUGCUUCUAGUAAACUUCUUAUUCAAGUUGAAAGGAGUGAGGAUCCUCCCAAAAGGAUAUAUUUUAACAAGCAAGAAAAUUGUAUUUUAUUGCGUCUGGAUAAUAAGCUUGGAGGUAUUAUAGCAGAAGUUAAUUUGGCUGAGCAUUCUACAGUUAUUACAUUUUCAGAUUAUCAUGAUGGAGCAGCUACAUUCUUGUUAAUAAAUCACACAAGGAAUGAUCUUGUUCAGUACAAGCAAAGCUCUGAUAUGAUGACACCUAUAGAUUUGGGGAAAAAAACAAUUUAUUUAGUCUCAUUCUUUGAAGGCUUACAGCGCAUUAUUUUAUUCACUGAAGAUCCAAGGGUAUUUAAAGUAACAUAUGAAAGUGAGAAAGCAGAGUUAGCAGAGCAAGAAAUUGCAUUGGCAUUACAAGACGUUGGAAUUUCUCUUGUCAACAAUUACACAAAGCAAGAAGUAGCCUAUAUAGGCUUUACAAGUUCUGAUGUGGUUUGGGAGACAAAGCCCAAGAAGAAGGCCAGAUGGAAGCCAAUGAGUAUAAAGCACACUGAGAAGUUAGAGAAAGCAUUUAAGGAAUAUACUGAAUCUUCACCUGCAGAAGAUAAGGUUAUUGAGUUGGACACUAACAUUCCGGUUCGCUUAACACCUACUGGUAAUAACAUGAAAAUUCUGCAACCACAUAUAAUAGCUAUACGAAGAAAUUAUCUUCCAGCAUUAAAGGUGGAAUACAGCACAUCUGCACAUCAGUCAUCAUUUAGAAUUCAAAUUUACAGAAUACAGAUCCAAAAUCAGAUACAUGGUGCUGUGUUUCCAUUUGUGUUUUAUCCUAUUAAACCUCCAAAGUCAAUCACCAUGGAUUCAGCACCAAAGCCCUUUACAGAUGUCAGUAUUGUCAUGAGAUCUGCAGGACAUUCCCAGAUAUCACGUAUUAAGUAUUUCAAAGUGUUGAUUCAAGAAAUGGAUUUAAGAUUAGAUCUUGGGUUUGUCUAUGCUUUAGCAGACCUUAUGACAGAAGCCGAGGUGACUGAAAAAACUGAGGUUGAACUUUUUCAUAAAGAUAUAGAAGCUUUCAAAGAAGAAUAUAAAACAGUUUCAUUAGUAGAUCAAUCACAAGUCAGUCUCUAUGAAUAUUUUCAUAUAUCUCCUAUCAAGUUGCAUUUAAGUGUUUCACUGAGUUCGGGCAGAGAAGAAGCUAAAGAUUCAAAACAGGAUGAAGGACUGAUUCCAGUUCAUUCUUUAAACCUUUUGCUGAAGAGUAUUGGUGCCACUCUUACAGAUGUACAAGAUGUAGUUUUUAAGCUUGCAUUUUUUGAACUCAACUAUCAGUUCCAUACAACAUCCGAACUACAGUCUGAAGUAAUAAGACACUAUUCAAAACAGGCUAUUAAACAGAUGUAUGUACUCAUUCUCGGACUUGAUGUUUUGGGAAAUCCCUUUGGCUUAAUUAGAGAAUUUUCUGAAGGCGUAGAAGCAUUUUUUUAUGAACCUUACCAGGGAGCCAUCCAGGGUCCUGAAGAGUUUGUGGAGGGAAUGGCACUAGGACUUAAGGCACUAGUUGGUGGAGCUGUUGGUGGAUUAGCUGGUGCUGCCUCCAAAAUCACCGGUGCUAUGGCUAAAGGGGUAGCAGCUAUGACUAUGGAUGAAGACUACCAACAGAAGAGAAGAGAAGCCAUGAAUAAACAGCCAGCUGGUUUUAGAGAAGGCAUCACUCGUGGAGGAAAAGGCUUAGUUUCUGGUUUUGUAAGCGGCAUAACAGGAAUUGUUACAAAACCAAUCAAAGGGGCUCAAAAAGAAGGAGCAGCUGGUUUCUUUAAAGGUGUUGGGAAAGGUUUAGUUGGAGCAGUAGCAAGGCCAACUGGAGGCAUCAUAGACAUGGCUAGUAGUACAUUUCAAGGAAUAAAAAGAGCUACAGAGACUUCUGAAGUAGAGAGUUUGCGACCUCCUCGGUUCUUUAAUGAAGAUGGGGUUAUCAGACCUUACAGGUUGAGGGAUGGUACUGGAAAUCAAAUGUUACAGGUCAUGGAAAAUGGAAGAUUUGCAAAAUACAAAUAUUUUACCCAUGUCAUGAUCAAUAAAACAGAUAUGUUAAUGAUAACCAGACGUGGUGUAUUGUUUGUAACAAAGGGAACAUUCGGACAACUUACAUGUGAGUGGCAGUAUAGUUUUGACGAAUUUACCAAGGAGCCAUUCAUUGUUCAUGGGAGAAGAUUACGCAUUGAAGCAAAGGAACGGGUGAAGUCUGUAUUCCAUGCCAGAGAGUUUGGAAAAAUAAUUAACUUCAGGACCCCAGAGGAUGCUAGGUGGAUCCUCACAAAGCUAGAAGAAGCAAGAGAACCUUCUCCAAGCCUCUGAUGGAGAACGCCACCUGAAGACACACAGCAAUAAAUUAUUAUAGCUUCUAGACUGUACCUUCCAAAACCUGUUUGGGAAGUAUAUUACACAAAUAAUUUCAAGUACCCUGUAUUGUAGAUGCU